GAAUCCAGCGGCGUACAAUACAAAAAAAAACACUACAGAGAUUGUUCCAAAUCACACCACGUGUCCACCCCAACAAGGUAGUAGCUCGUCCCACCUCACUUGGAUUCAAAACACCGUCCGUACGUAUCACCACCACUCAGAACCACCAUCUCCCGCAGGCGACAACCCCACCUCCGGCCACCACCACCACACAUAUACAUACGUACAUAUAUAUACUAUAGGUUAGGGCUUAUAUAUAUACAUAUAUACGCAUAUAUGCAGAGCAUUUGAAUCAAUUCAUCGAUGGUGAGGCGUAGGAAGGGCGCUGGAUCGAAGAAAGCUUCGAAUUCGGAGAAUCAGCAUGACAGAGAGAAGGAGGAGGACGAGGAGGAGAAUGAGAAGUCGAAGAGAGAGAGUAGUAGAAUCGUCGAGGAAGAGAGAGAGAAGAAGAAGUCGAAGACGAAGAGAGAGAGUAGAAUAACCGAGGAAGAGAGAGAGAAGGAGGAGAAGAAAUUGAAGAGGUCGUCGAAGAAGUGGAAUUGCAUCGACAGUUGUUGUUGGUUCAUCGGCCUUGUGUGUUCGAUUUGGUGGUUUUUGCUCUUCAUGUUAAAUGCGAUGCCUGCUUCGUUCCCUCAGUACGUGACGGAGGCGAUCACGGGGCCGUUGCCGGAUCCGCCGGGGGUGAAGUUGCAGAAAGAAGGGUUGAAGGCCAAGCACCCGGUGGUUUUCGUCCCCGGAAUCGUCACCGGAGGGCUUGAGCUUUGGGAAGGCCACCAAUGUGCUGAAGGAUUGUUCAGGAAGAGGCUUUGGGGUGGUGCAUUUGGGGAUUUGUAUAAAAGACCCUUAUGCUGGGUUGAGCACAUGUCACUGGAUAAUGAAACUGGAUUGGACCCUUCUGGUGUAAGAAUUAGGCCUGUAUCUGGACUUGUGGCAGCUGAUUACUUUGCACCUGGUUAUUUUGUAUGGGCAGUUCUAAUCGCAAAUUUGGCACGCAUAGGAUAUGAGGAGAAAAACAUGUAUAUGGCUGCAUAUGAUUGGAGGAUCUCAUUUCAGAAUACUGAGGUACGCGAUCAAACACUUAGCAGGAUAAAAAGUAGUAUAGAACUCAUGGUAGCUACGAGUGAAGGGAAAAAAGUGGUCAUAAUACCACAUUCAAUGGGUGCUCUUUACUUUUUGCAUUUUAUGAAAUGGGUUGAGGCACCGCCUCCAAUGGGCGGUGGAGGUGGAUCAGAUUGGUGCUCUAAGCAUAUAAAGGCAGUAAUGAAUAUCGGUGGACCAUUUUUAGGGGUUCCAAAAGUAGUCUCUGGAUUAUUCUCUGCUGAAGCCAAGGAUAUAGCCGUUGCCAGGUUCUGCUUAUAACUAAUGUAAAUUGGAUUGAGCUAGA